AUGUUAAUUUGUAGCAUGAACGCUGCGGCGGCAAAGGAGCAGUCUAAUUGUAGAAACAGGAAAUCAUAAUGCAAGCUAAAUCGAUUAUACCGUUUUUCCACGUUCUAUCUCUCCAAUGUUACUUCUGGAUGAUAGUUAUCGCCAGCUAUAAACUUGAUGUAGUCUAUCAGUGGAAACAGCUUGAAUAUGAAUGGCCAAGAAACGAUACUGAGCUUCUCUUCCCAGGAUACAAACAAGAGGAUAAUCUUCCUCUUGGCCUUGAAAUCACAAGUACCAGAAUUUUCGUCACUGUGCCGAGAUGGAGGCGUGGUGUCGUUGCUAGUUUGAAUUACUUUUACAGAAAUGAUACACGUCAGUCACCCAAUUUAAUUCCGUAUCCUUCUUGGGAGGCACAUCAAUACGAAGCUGGAAGUGUACCAGAGAUCAUUUCAACGUUUCGAAUUCGUGCAGAUCGCUGCGAAAGACUCUGGGUUCUUGACACAGGAUUUACCGAUAUUUUAGAUAGUCCAGAGCAGCAAGCACCACCAGCAUUACUUAUCUACGACUUAAGGGACGAUCGAUUGUUACGAAAAUUCGUUAUUCCCGAAGAUCAAAGAACACCCGAUUCUCUUUUUGCAAAUAUCGCGGUCGAAGAUUAUUCUUGCGAAGAUACGUUUGCUUAUCUGGCUGACUUGGGUGGUCCUGGCCUCGUAGUUUACUCGUGGAAGUCGGAAAAAUCGUGGCUCGUUAAACAUCACUUCUUUCAACCCGACCCUCAAGCUGAAGAAUUCAAUGUAUCGGGAAUUUCGUUCCAAUGGACUGAUGGUCUCUUCGGUAUGGGUCUUGCAUCAACUAACGAUGGCUAUAGUAUGAUGUAUUUCCAUCCACUUUCCAGCACCAUGGAAUAUUCAGUUAGUACUAGAUUAUUGAGAGAUCCUGAACGCGCCACUUCUUUAGAUAACUUUCAUGAAUUUCAUGCUCUCGGAUCUCGUGGACAUAAUGGUCAAAGUAGCGUGAGCUUUUUAGAUCCAAACACUGGAGUUCUUUUUUAUGCAUUAGCUAGUUUGAAUGCUAUUGCAUGCUGGAAACCUCGAAAUAUGUUCAAGCUCGAGCAACAAGAUUUUAUUUACGUAGAUAACGUUACAAUGGUCUUUCCUAACGAUUUAAAGAUCGAUCAAAAUGGCAACAUUUGGAUACUCUCGGAUCGUUUGCCUGCUUUUAUGUAUUCUCGAUUGGAUCCUGAAGAUUAUAAUUUCCGAAUUUUUAUGGGUUCGGCUAAAGAGGCUAUAAAAGGCACCGUUUGCUUGACGAAUUUAUCUUCAAUUUCAAACAAUUCGUACGGUUCUAUGAUAGAAGAGAAGAACGUUCAUCUUAAACGUCUAAAAACAGUCCAGAAUUCCAGUUAUGUUCAUAACUCUGAACUAAUUUCUAUAUUGAUUACCGUUAUAACACUUUUCGUGAGAACAUUUAUUUGAAAAGUCUUUUACUUUUAAUCAAGGCUGUAACAAUUUAUUGAAUUUCUCUCAAAAUAUCGAGAAUUCGAAUUUCAAAGAAUGUCGAUGCUUUUACAUGAAUAGGGAAAGAUCGAAAUGAGAUGCUUAAGUAACUAAUUAGACCAUAAGAGAAUACUCUCAGUUUUCUACGAAUUAUGAUAUAAUCGAUUUUUAUGAAUGUUAAAAAAGCUGUUUUAUUUAUAAUUAAUUAUUCUUAAUUUUUAAAUUUAAAGCUGUUAUUUAAACUAAAUUUAUCUGAAUUAUACAUGACUAUUUGAAAGAAGAGUACCGGUCAGAUUUUGUUUAAUUAAUGAUUUUUAUAAGUACUUAAAAAAAGAAGUUUGUCAAGUACUAGGACUGAUCACAUAGUAUUAUUAGUUAUAUUAUAUAUGUUCUCUGAAAUAAUUACUAGUAUCGAAAACAUUUUUCAAAUAUGGAGAAAUUCAUGCGACUUUAAGGAGAAAUUCAUGCGAUUUUAUGGAGUUAUUGAACUAUAUUGUUAGAAAUGAAAACAAUAAUUUGUUAUAUCUAAUAGUACUAAACGAAUAGAUGAAAAGUUACAAAUUUAUUACGUGUAACCGAUGGAAUUAGUUCUAUUUACGUAUGUAAUAUGUAAAAUUUGAAACGUAUAUAAAAUUUGAUACUUAACAGUUUUCUAAUGUUAAAAAUGGAAAAUAUAAUGAUAAAAAUAGAUAAUUAAUUUUAUUAUAUUAAAAAAAACUUGUCAUUGGCAUCCAAAAUGCAAAUGAUUAAAUUUAAAAGACUUAUUUGAUAACAAAAUGACAUUAGAGUUAUCGUCAUUUAUGAGUUGUAUAAGUAUAUAUAUAUAUAUAUAUAU